AUGUCUGGGAUCAUGGAGCGCGGGUUUUUCGAUCGCGGGAGAAAGAGCAGCAAAAAAGAAGAAGAAGAAGAAGAGCGGCGAUUCCAAGCGCAAUUGAAAGAAGCGAUGGAGAAAUCUUUGCAAGAAGAAACAUCGGAACCGUACGUGGAAGAUCGACCGCAGAUGGAUCAAACGAUCGACCAAUCGAAAGAACGAUUCAUGGGGGAAGUGGGUAAUGCGAGCACCGGAAACGUCUUUCAGGCGUUGAAUGAGAGCACCGGUGAUGGUGGUGGUGGCAAUUUUAGAGUUGAAGAGGAGAAAGAGGACUGGGUUGUCGGAGCGACUGAGUCGGUGAAAGCAUCAUCGGGCGCUUCUUCGAACGGCAGUACCGCGUAUAAUAUUUUGAAACACAUGGACGUGUUUAAAGUGUACUGGCAAGAAUAUCCAAACUCGAUAUCUGGCGGCGCGUAUAAAGCGGACGUGUACGACAAGGACGAUCAGACGAUGACGUCCGUGCGCUUGGCUCCGGUGGUGAAGCGGAGUAAAAAUUGGAGGAGAAAAGAUGGUCCGUUGACGGAAAAGGAGCACGAAUUGACCGAGGGGGAGAGACGAGAGAUUUGCAAAGCGAAAGUGGAGUAUUUCAGGGAGCUUAAGAAGGAGUGGAAGAAGAAAAACGGCGAUGGCGGCGAAGAGGGGGAGGAGACAGCUUACAAGUUCAGGAUACAGCAUCCGACGACGAAAGAGCCGCACGAGUUUCGGUACUCUCCCGCGAGCGGUGAAAAUUUGGGAGAAGCUGGCAAGGAGUUCUUAAUUCAGAAUAAGUUUCCCACCGAUAAGAUCGAGAAGUACGCGGAGAAAAUUGUCAAGAAAAUGCUACUCGUCAUGGCUGAGAAGAACGCAGGGCCGGUGCGAGCUCAACCAGAAAUCCGAGUUCCGACGGAUGAGGAUAGAAAAAGAAUCGAAGAGUUGUUGUGGCCAGGGAGUGCUGCUUCUGCUUCAAAACAUCGCCCUGCGCGUGCGGAAAGACAAUCGCCUUCCCUCUCCAUAUCGGAGGGUGCUGCGACCCAAAGAAAGCCUUCACCACCUGUCCAAGAAAUAAAAGCUCCGACGAAGACGACAACCACAAAACCUACUCUCGCAAAAGAAGCAUCGAGUAACAAAACCAGCAACACUACCAAGACUAGGAGUUUGGCGCAAAUCUAUAAAUUUAACGCCAACGAUAAAGAUGCUCUCGUGUAUAUGGUGAAAGAAAGUCAAAAGUUAAAAUAUAAGCGUGGGAGUUUUAAGGACUUUCUCGAAGAGAGUACCACUCUAAGAGAACAAAUGAAGAGAACGCAAGACCCGAACAGACACGAUUGGAAAACUCUUAAUGAGUACGUGCUAACUCUCAGUGAUGCGCGCGUGAAGGACUUGUACGGAAAGUAUAGGAUCUUCGAAAGCAGUGAAGCAUUAGCAGCAGGGAGGAAGCAUUACGAAAAGGAUGAAAGAAAAUUGAUUGAGAAGAGGCAAAAACAACAGCAGCUGAUGCAAGUGCAACAACAAUCGCAACAACAAAUUAAGGGCAUUAUUGAAACGCAUUUUGAGCGAUCAACCCGAGGGAAUUACCCCCCUAUGUCCUCCUCCAUUUCGGAGCAGGAACAGAGCAUUAUUGAAACGCAUUUUGAGCGCGCUCAUCCCCGAGGGAAUUACCCCCCUAUGUCCUCCUCCAUUUCGGAGCAGGAACCUCGACAACCAACGCCAGAGGAGCAGGUCCAACAACAACAAAUUCGCGGUACCCAACGCGGCAUUGCGGAGCAGGAACCUCGACAACCAACGCCAGAGGAGCAGGUCCAGCAACAACAAAUUCGCGGUACCCAACGCGGCGGUACCGUAUCUCCACGUUCUCCUCGUAAAAAUAAUCACAAGGUUUCAAACGCGCAACCAUCGAGCGACGAUUAUACCAUAGCGGAGUUGAGGGAAGAAAUUGAAAUCUUGAACCGAGAGAAAAACGUCUUGGAACUGGAAAACAACCAUUUGAAGAGCGAGAACUUUAUGUUGCUCAAAGAGAAUGAAAAAGUAAAACGCAACAACGAGCGAUUGCUUAAAAUGCAAGACACGAUGGUAAAUUUACAACAAAGGCAACAAAAGCCACAACCACAACCACAACAACCGUCGGUAUGGGGUCUACACAUACCCUCUAUUCCAUCCGCCGACGACACUUCAUCAGUCUCCUCGCAUACCAAUAAUAAUGGAUUCGGGAGCAAUGAAGCCCAACAAACGAGAAACAACGAAGCGUUCGAAGAAAGCCCGUGGUUAGACGACUUACUCAAUGAGGAAUCGACGCCGCCACACCGUUCUACCGCGAGUCUACCACCAGGUUUUGAACACGCCAUUCACACGCCAGAGAAUGUCGAACCAGGAGGAGCGUACACCACGAAAACACCCACGGGGUGGGGACAACCACCGUAA